AUGAUGGCGCCGGAUACACAAAAUUACGGCUUCUUAUGCCCUCCAAGCAAGGAGGAGCAGGAACAAGAACCAGUCUACCGCACACCGUCCCAUUACAAACCUUAUUCGACAUUUCAUCUACCAACUGGUGCUGGACGGCACUACAAGCAGCAAUAUAGCGACGUGUAUUUCUUGCGACUCGCCAAAUUGAAGCCCAGCGUGGAACAAGUAGCCACGGAUGCGUGGGAGGGACUAGUUAUUGCCGGAGAGAAAGUGCGACGGGUUGACCGAGUCCUCGAUGUCCGACAAGGCGAGCUGUGCUGGGUGGCCGGCACGGUGUACAUGGACCUACCAAUGAAGCCCAACAUUUUGGAUGAUCUCACAAAAGAGAACUUCACAUCUGCACCACCUCCUCGCCGCACCUACACCGACCCCUCCAACCCCUCUUUAACCCAGAUAAUGAUGGAAGAUGAGUCCGGCCGCUUACGACUUACCGGAAACUUUUUACGCUCUACCCAACUGGCUACAGGUGCCAUUGUUGCUGCCCUUGGAACCGAGAAUGCCAAUGGAGACUUUGAGGUUAUUGAUAUUAAAUUGCCGGAUCUGGCUCCGCAACCUCAACGUUGGGAAGGCAUGACCCCGGAGAAUGGAUCUGAAAUUACUGGAAAGGAGCACGGCAAGAUCGCUUUCGUCAGUGGUCUAGGAAUUACAGGAACAUCGAGCGAUACUCUUGCUUUGGAACUAUUGACAGAUUAUCUCCUUGGCUAUACAGGAUUCUCAGGCAACGAAGAAAACAGUCCUUCCUCGAGCGCCUCAAAAAUAACCCGCUUGGUGAUUGCGGGUAACUCGCUCGGAGCCAGUGUCACAGUUGAUGUGGCAGCAUCAUCUGCUGCAAAGGCUCAACCGAAAAAGUAUGGUUACGAUGCCUCUGCAUACAACGCCUCGCCUGUCACACAACUUGACAACUUCCUCGCGGAGAUAUUGCCCAGCAUUCCCGUGACACUCAUGCCGGGCGAGAAAGAUCCUGCGAACUUUUCUCUUCCCCAACAGGGCAUUCACCGCGCCAUGUUCCCCCAGGCACGUGCAUACUCGGCGCCUCCUCCUAAAGUCGACGAGAAGACCGAGCCGGGUUGGUUCGAUAGUGUGACGAACCCCUGGGAUGGCGAGGUGGAAGGGUGGAGACUGUGGGGGUGUAGCGGUCAGAAUGUCGACGACGUCCUCCGGUAUCUCACUAUUGAAGGCGGCGACAGCAGCCCAGACGGCAGCAACGAUUCUGAUGCCCGUAUUCGCAUCAUGGAAGCUAUGCUCCGCUGGCGCUGUGGCGUUCCCACCGCGCCUGACACCAUCUGGUCUUAUCCAUACCAAUCCGAUGAUCCGUAUGUUCUUGAAUACUGUCCACAUAUCUUCUUCGCUGGCAACCAGCCGGAGUUCAAGACUGCCACCAUUGAAGGCGAUGUCCCUCUCCGUCUAGAUGGCGACACCGAGAUGACGAAUGCUGACGAUGGCUCCGAUCUUCCCCGUGUUCGAUUAUUGGCAAUUCCCAAGUUCAACGAAACCGGUGAACUGAUUUUGGUUGAUAGCGAAACGCUGGAAGUUGAGGUCGUUCGGUUUGGCAUUUUCAGAGGGCAAGAAGAACAAAAAUGA